CUAAUUUGAAGUGUUUUUUUAAGUUAUCGGUUUGUACAAAUUAAAAAGGAAUAAAAAACAGCAUCGCAACAUGCUUGACUAUGGAGUCCAUUGAUUGUUUCGCCACCGACUUGGCUGCCCUACCCGCUGGUCGAUGCUAGCUGCUUCCCGCCACCGGCCGCUUAGCAUUUCUCUCAAGGUGGGGGUCCGCUCGCGCUCGGCGCCGAAGAUGAUGUCGACUGUCGACUACCACUUCAAUUGUGAACCACGAGCCGGCGCAGGUGCAUGCACACUUUCACGAGCCGCCGCGACCGAAUCUAAAAAAAUCACUUCGAAAAGGACCCAUCCGAUAACCUAAAAAGCACCGAGAAAUUCGACCAUUCUUUGCAUAAUAUACCGCCGAGUGCCCACCGGCGAUUUUUAUGUAAUACUCUGUAAUAAAGUGUUGUGCAACGAUCAUUUUGGCCUCAUAUUUUGGCGGCUCGCGAUAGUCCGUCGCCGUCGCCCGCCAUGGCCGAAACGAUUGGCGCGCUUUCCUUUUGACAGUUCAGUGUCGUUCCUUUACACGGACAUUGUUUUUCUUUUAUAGAACAAACGCCAGUGCCAGUGUUAUUUAUGAAUUAGUGCAACAAUAACGUCAUGUUAGAAAGGAUCUGUAGAAAUAAUGGCCAACAUUAAAUCAAUGCAGACGUGCGCAGACGUGAGAGAGAUGAACAAAAUAAACAAAACCCUAACCAAAGCCAACCGGACGUAUACGGAGACAGGAGAGCCUGUAGAGGUGGGCGGUGUUGACACAAACAUUGAUAUUGUUGACAAGUACUGCGCCGACUGCACGGGACAGGAGAGGGUCGGCGAGGACUCCCCCGCCCCCGCCCCCGCCCCCGCCCCAGCUCUGUCAGACAUACAGCAGUUCUACCACGGCAAGAAUGUGCUCAUCACAGGAGCUACUGGCUUCCUGGGCAAGAUCCUGGUGGAGAAGCUACUGCGCUGUUGCCCAGGUAUCGAGAACCUCUACCUGCUGGUGCGUCGCAAGCGCGGCCAGGACAUCUACUCCCGCCUCGAGGACAUAUUCGAAGAUCCCGUGUUCGACCGGCUGAAGUUGGUGCUGCCCAAGUUCAGGCACAAGGUGGUUGGCGUACCGGCUGACUGCGCGGCGCCAGGCCUCGGCCUCUCUCUCGAAGACCGUCAGCUGCUCACCGACAAGGUGAACGUGAUGUUCCACUGCGCGGCGACGGUGAAGUUCGACGAGCAGCUGCGGGCGGCGCUGGCCACCAACGUGCGCGCGCCGCUGCACCUGCUGCGUCUCGCCCGAGACAUGCGCGCGCUCGAUGUGCUGAUGCACGUGUCGACGGCGUACUCCAACUCGCAUCUGGCGCACGUGGAGGAGCGCUUCUACCCGUGCGCCGCAGACACCGACCGCCUGCAGCUCGACCUCGACAACAUGACGGACGCGCAGAUCGACGAAAUGCUGCCCACCAUCCUGGGCGAGUGGCCCAACACGUACACAUUCACCAAGGCGCUGGCGGAGAAGGAGCUGCGUCUGCACGCCGGCGCCGUCCCGCUCGGCGUCUUCCGCCCCGCCAUAGUGACGUCGACUGCCAAAGAACCUCUGAAGUGCUGGCUCGACAACAUGUACGGCCCCACCGGCGUCGCAGUCGGCAGCGCGACGGGCAUGUUGCGCACGCUGCAGUGCGACGCGCGCGUCACCGCUGACCUCGUGCCAGUGGACUGCGUCGUCAGCUGUCUGCUGGCCGCCGCGCGCCGCGUGCACCUCGACUACGCCGCCGGUUCGCCGCCGCCGGAGCCGCCCAUCUUCAACUACGUGAGCUCCGUGGAGAACCGCAUCACGUGGGGCGACUUCAAGCGGCACAACUUCGCUCGCAUCGAUUCCCAGCCCUUCUCCAACGCCGUCUGGUACAUAUCGCUGCGGCUGACGCGGAGCGCGCGCCUGCACCGCCUGUACACUUGGCUGCUGCACCUGGCGCCCGCCGCGCUCGCCGACGCCCUCGCCCUCUGCCUCGGCCGCAAGCCCAGGAUGCUGAAGGUGUACAGCAAGAUCCACAAGUUCUCCGAGGUGAUCAGCUACUUCUGCACGCGGGAGAUCACCUUCUGCAACCGCCGCACGCGACACCUGUGGGAUACCACCUCGCAACUCGACAGACAGCUGUUCCCGUUCAGCAUGGCGGAGGUGGACUGGGAUGAGUACUUCGACGACUAUCUGCUGGGUAUACGCCGCUACCUCUUCAAGCAGACCGACGACUCGCUGCCGCGCGCCAGGAUCAAGUGGAAAAGGUUAUACUAUCUACAUCAGAUAGUCCGAUUCAUUUUCUUCGUGUUCGCUCUGUACGCGGUGUGGUGCAUAUUGGCUCUCAUAUGGUGAUAAAGACGACGCAGACAUUCGGGUGGAUGAAUGUUUGCCGCCGGCGGCCGCCAGAUGGCGGGGAUUUGUAAAUAAAUGCGACGACCACAGAUAAUUAAGUUUACUUUUAAUCGAACCGGACGCUGUCACUUCAUUCGGCGGCCUACAAUCUUCAACCUUUAAUGGAGUAUUUCCUUCGCGACCGACUUCCCACAUUAAUAUAUAGUUUGAUUCGUUUGUUCGCCGCACGAGAACAAAAAUGGACGCUGUAUAAUCAAUUCGCGAUUGCACAACUCUCAUCUCGAAUCAAACUUUUCGAUUUGCGAUUGUUAUUCUCAUAGAGAAAUGGGUACUUUAAAAUUUGUUGACAAUAAAAAAAAAUAUCAAGUAUGAGGAAUAAAUAUUAACUGUAAACUAAAUCUCAUACAUUUUGGUGAAUAAAAAAAUGAAAACUCGAUCAGCGUGAGAUGGAAAGUGAAUCAA